AUCUUCAACCGCUUUCCCACACUUUGGAAUAAGUUCUGACUUGAAACACAGUGUCCAACAAUAAUGGUGUCUACCCACCUCCAAGUCUCCAAACCAAAGCUUCUGCCUCAGUCAAGCAACAAGUUGUUUAAGCUCCAUCAUCAGUGAUAAGGUCUUGGGAAGCCAUUCCUCUUAGCUGCAGACAUAGCAUCUUCCACAAGAGCUGAUCGCAACUCUUGAGGGGGGUCAAACAACCAGUCAGCAAGCAACCGGUCUUGUAGGCACAGUUUAGCCACAAGGUGAAGGAUGUCCUGAAGGAUUGCACUAGCCUCACCUAUUAAGAUCUCUGAUCUGCAUGCUUCAAUUAACACCUUAUUGUCUGAUUCCAGCACUAUAUCUGGGCACCCAAGAUUAUGAGCCAGAAUGAGUCCUUCCCUAAUAGCAUGAGCUUCUGAAGUCACAGCAGAGGAAGAGAAGAUCUUUGUUUGAGUACCAGCCGUCAAGGUGGAGAAAGAAUCCCUGAUCACCACUCCUACAACCCCUUGAGGAAGGUUUGGCCAGCUCCAUAGUAGCAAGGACAGUGGAGAUUUGGUGAAGAGUAGCUUGAGGAUCUGUGCAAAUCUGCUUGAAGAUGAAGUUGUUCAUGCCCUUCCAAUUUGACCAAAGGGUGCAUGCAAGGACACCAAAAUCUCUAUCAAAAUCCAAGGAGGUCGAUUGGAGAAUUCCAAUUUUCUGCAAAAGCCAAUUGUCAAAGGAAGAGAGGCCCCCAGGUGAAAUAGCCCAUUGGAGAGACGAUCCAAACCAAAUUGCACCAAAGCCCUGAAGGUGAGAUGUGUUUUCUCCAUAAAUUAUAUUUGACUGCUAAUGAAUAAUGGCAAACUCUCCAAAUAAUUUUUUUGAUUUUUUGGGGGACAUGGGCACCCGAAAUGGUUUUCCAGAGUUCUUUUGGGAUACUGUGGGAGCUGGAGGUAUGAGGUAAAAUUCUUGGGGCAUUCUCCCUUGCAAUUUUGAAGCCUGAGCUUAUUGAAUAGCUCCCUUUAGGGGUGUGCGGCCAUAACAAAAUAUCAUCAUGUUGUAUUCUACUGAUUGGAGUUUGAAGGAUCUUGAGGACGAGCUCAGGUUGGAAUAGACUCUGGAUUAACAACUUAUAAUGGUAACAAACCACAAAUUGCAUGUGUCGCUUGGAUCCAUCAAUCGUGGCCUAAAAAUGUAUCACCUUUGUUGGAAAUAACUUAUUUGAUCUUUUUUUAAGCAAUAACUUAUUUGAUUUUAUUUUAUAGCAUAAACAUUUUUGUAAGUGUUUUAGAGAGCUAAUCUAAAUAGUUUAUGACAUACAUACCUAUAAGUUAUUUUGAGCUCAUUUUCAUAAGUUGUUCAAAUUAGCUUAUGAAUAAGAACUUAGAGCAUCUCUAAUGCAAGGUUCUUAGUUCUUAUUUUUGAGUUAAGAACUAAGAACUGAGUUCUUAACCACUAGAGAGGAUGACGUGGAGUUCUUAGUUCUUAAAAAUAAGAACUAUGUUCUUAUAUAAGAAGUUUUACUUUUUGAGUUCGUAGCAAAAAAAAUUAAUUUUUUCUCUCUCAUUCAUUUAAUUUAAGUAUUGAACUAGCAUUUAAAUUUAAAUCAAAAUUAUAUGAAAAUAAAAAAUAUUAAUAUAAUGGUAUUGUGGGACUGGAUGAAUAGUGCUAAGAACUAAAAACUAAGAACUAGGAACUCAUGGUUGGAGCAAAAUCUGCAAAGAGUUGCUUAAGCACAUGCAACAGUACAAGCUCACAUGAAUAUUGCUAAGAACUAAGAACUAGCAUUGAAGAUGCUCUUAUACUUACCGGUAACCUAUUUUUGGCUUAAUUUAAUAUUUUUUUAAAAUUAUGUAAUGAAAAAGCCAUUUUGUGGUUAUUACCAUAAACACUUAAUUAACUUACUUUUCCAAACAAACUUAUAAAUGGUAAAAGACCAAGUAAGGUAGUGGGUGUAACAGACAAGGGUUAGAGAGGGGAAGGUCUAGGGUUCGAAUCCUGGAAGGAAAAUUUGAAGAGAUUUUCUAACUUACUAACAACUAACCACUAACGUUUGGCUAUAAAAAAAAAACUUUGAGCACCGACAAUGUCUAGGAAUGACACAAUGUCACAAUUUGUGCCGAGAAACAUCAUAGAAAUUUCUCAAUAUUCUUAACCCUGUACUUUCUGCAAGGUACUAUUAUCAGGUGCCAACCUUGGCAGUUUCUUCAUCAGUCAUCACAUACAUGGUAUUUUGAACAUCCUUCAAUGAAAAUUUAAAAGAACCUUCCUGGAAAUCUCCUACUCGCAAGAAGACAAGAAAAAUAUGGCAUGCACAUUGCGAAACUCUUGCUUUAUAUAUUGGAACCAGCUUAGGCAGUGAGAUUCACUGCAAAAUUGAAACAUAAAAGCUUGGCAGAGGCAGAGUAAUAAGUUUCUCAACAAAGGAGAUUGGAGCAUGGAGAUUGAGGAAGUUGGCAACUGUGAAGCACUUCCCCUUCUGUCCCUGAAUCAUGUGUCUAUUUUGUGCAGAUCAGUGUGGGAAUCUGUGAGGUUUUAUGAGGAAGUCUUGGGCUUCGUUCUCAUCAAACGCCCUUCUUCCUUCAAAUUCAAUGGAGCAUGGUUGUACAGUUAUGGUAUUGGCAUACACUUGCUCGAGAAUCCAGACAUUGACGAAUUUGAUACCCCUAUGAAUGAAUCACGACCAAUUAAUCCCAAGGACAACCAUAUUUCAUUCCAAUGUACAGAUGUUGGACUUGUGAAGAGUAGACUUGAAGACAUGGGGAUGAGGUAUGUUACAGCUGUGGUAGAGGAUGGAGGAAUAAAGGUGGACCAGGUGUUCUUCCACGAUCCAGAUGGGUACAUGAUAGAGCUCUGCAACUGUGAAAAUAUCCCAAUAGUUCCUGUUUCUUCCUGCUCUUUCAAGGCUCGAGGCCAGAGCUUUAAGAAGGUUCCAAACAAGUGUGGGUUUAUAGAGAAUGAGAUGAUGGAAAGCUUGAGCUUGGACAUGAUAAACUUCUCGUUUUAACUUGUCCAUACUCCAUAUCAUCAAAAUGAGAUAUGGUGAAAGUUAAGUUCACGUCCUUUAUUUUAUCGAUAUAUAUGAUAAAUCAUCGAAUGAUCAGAAAAACGGUGAAGAUGAUUGUUGUAAAUUUAUAUACUGAGCAGAUAUAUCCAACAUUAUAUUGUAUAUGUGUGGGGCUUGAAAGGAUGAGAAAUUAAUUGACA